UUAGAGUUUUUCGACUUGCACGAACUGAGUUCCAAUAUUUACCAAUUUUCAAUCGCCAAAUAAGCAUUGAAAUAGCCGAGAUCUCCACAAUCUGAGCUCGAAAACAUUGGCCGGCUAAAGUCCUGAUCACAGCGGAGACCGAUUCCCGGUCGCAACAGCCGUCCACCCGCGCUGCCCAAGGAAAGGAUGAUCAACAAUAAAAAUUCACCUCGUCGCAGCCUCAUCAUCGUCGUCAGCUAAUUAGGGUGCGUGCAGGCAGGCAGACCAGACAGAGGCACCUCAGCAAUUCUGCCUUCAUUGAUAUUCUACUCACUCGUGCCCGGGGGGUUCAACGAAACCAGAAAGUGAUGAGUAGUAGCAGCAGCAGCGAUGCCGGUUCGUCCUUCUGGAAGAACAACUCCGGCAGGAUACCGGGUCGUCCGACGGCCGCCUCGAGGAUGGGUCCGGGAGGGGCGGUUCGGGGUGGCAGCGGUCCAGGUGGGCCCAGUUCGAGCAAUUCGUUUCAGGACUACCAGGAAUCGGUGAGUGAUGCCUGGGAUCUGGGGGACGACGAAUUCUGCAUCAUUUCCGGUACGGUCGAUACAUCGGCUCGGAUAUCGAAAAAGGUCUCCCAGUCGGCGGCGUUGAAUGUUAUCAAAACUCACAGGAGUGGUGGCGAACGGGGAAGGAUGGCAACGGCGGCGGUGGAGGUGAGUGUUCAUAGAGGCGGUGCUGCGAUGGGGGCCGGUGGGGGGACAACGGUGACCGUGGUGGAAAGUUUGGAUGGACUGAAGAUUGAUAGGAGUAUCGAGAGGGAUGAUGAAGACGAGAAGACUUCGGAUCAGCAGCAUCAGAACUACGAAGCGCUGAAUCAUGUCAACGAAAAUCGUUACCGACAGAGGUUUCAUGCAUAUCCAGGCCGUCCGCAGUUGCUAAAGCUAUCGUCCAAUGUGGCGUCCAAGGACGUCGAGUGCGAAUCCAAGUACGAAAAGUUUACGAAUAUUCUGGAGGCACCGCUAUUGAAUCUGAUCGCCCUGAAGGAACUCAGCUGGUCCGGAAUUCCUCGAAGGAUGCGCGCCGUAACGUGGCGACUUCUGUCCGGAUAUCUACCGACGAGUUUGGAACGAAGAAAUACCGUUCUAGAGCGAAAGCGAGCCGACUACAAGAAGCUUGUGCAGCAAUACUUCCACGUGGAUAACCGGGACGAGACCCAACAGGACACGUACCGACAGAUCCACAUCGACGUGCCCCGGAUGAAUCCACACGUGUCUCUGUUCCAGCAGAACCUAGUACAGGAAAUGUUCGAACGGAUUCUGUUUAUUUGGGCCAUCCGGCAUCCCGCUUCCGGCUAUGUGCAGGGGAUUAACGACCUGGUAACGCCGUUCUUUAUUGUGUUUCUGCAGGAAUCCGUCGGGGCAGAAAAGGAUCUUGAGCAGUGCCAAUUGGGUGCCCUAUCGCUGGAACAGCGGGACAUCAUCGAAGCGGACGCUUUCUGGUGUUUGUCCAAGUUUCUCGACUGCAUUCAGGACAACUACAUCUUUGCCCAGCUCGGCAUCCAGGAGAAGGUGAACCAACUGAAGGAACUCAUUCAACGAAUUGACGGAACCCUCCAUCGGCACCUGCAGGCGCACGGCGUCGACUAUCUGCAGUUUUCCUUCCGUUGGAUGAACAACUUGCUAACCCGUGAACUGCCACUGUACUGUACGAUCCGGCUGUGGGACACCUAUCUGGCCGAAUCGGACGGUUUCGCCGUGUUCCAGCUGUACGUGUGUGCGGCGUUUUUGCUGCACUGGCGCGAACAGCUGCUGCAGGAGAAGGAUUUUCAGGGCCUCAUGCUGUUGCUGCAGAACCUGCCGACCCACAGCUGGAUGGAUUCGCAUAUCGGCGUCCUGGUGGCGGAAGCGUUCCGCCUCAAGUUCACCUACGCCGACACGCCGAAGCACCUGGAGGGCAAAAGUUGACAGCACCAUAGCGAGCGGAAUUACAACUACUGUAAAAACUAUCUCUAUAAGUUCAUCUAGGGGGAGAGGAAGGGCUCUCGAAGUA